CUUGGAGACGAAAGAUAUAAACACGAAUUCUGGAGGCAGCAGAAGAGCUAAACAGAUCUGGUUUGCACUAGGAUUCUAUUUCAAAGACGGGACAGAAAAAAAAGAAGAGAAAAAAACAGUACAGCUUCGUUUCUUUUACCUUUUUUUUUCCUUUGGAUGUUUGCGUCUGCUUUCUGUUGAUCAAGUUGGGACUUUUCCGUUUAAACUCCAAAGCACAGACCAGCAAUAACUCCGCGAUGCUGAGUGGCGUCAAACUGGAAGCUAAUAAUGAGGACUGGACGACUUACUACCACGACAGCGAGCUCUACCCUGGCAUCAACAGCAUGGGUCCCAAUCUCACCCUCAACGGCUACCUGCCCAGCGCCAUGGCGGCAUGCAGCAGCAUGGGCGGGCAGUACAUGAGCAGCGGCCCCUCUGGCUGUGGCGUGGCAUCGCCAGGGCUGAUGGGCACAGGAGGGCUGGCCGGCGUGCCCACUCCUCUGGGGCAGAUGGGAGCCCCCCAGCCUGGGUACAGCGCCUCCGGGAACUCCCUGUACAGCCUGGAGGGGCCCCAGGACGGCAAGCCGCAAGGGUACCGCAGGAGCUACAGCCACGCCAAGCCGCCCUACUCCUACAUCUCCCUGAUCAGCAUGGCGAUCCAGCAGGCGCCGGGGAAGGUGAUGACCCUGAACGAGAUCUACCAGUGGAUCCGGGAUCUGUUCCCGUACUACCGGCAGAACCAGCAGCGCUGGCAGAACUCCAUCCGCCACUCCCUGUCCUUCAACGACUGCUUUGUGCGAGUGCCGCGCUCGCCCGAGGCCCCUGGCAAAGGCUCCUACUGGGCCCUGCACCCCGACUCGGGCAACAUGUUCGAGAACGGCUGCUACAUGCGCCGGCAGAAGCGAUUCCGCUGCCAGAAACAGGAGAGGAAAACCCCUGAGCCCUCCAGCGCACCUCCGAGAGAAGAAGGGAGAACCGCCGCCCACUCGCCAGGGUCCAGCCUGGACGCUUCCCCAGUCCAGUCCCCGGUCCCAGGCUUGGAGAAGGUGGAAUCCCCCCAAGCCAGUCCACCUCCCAGGGCUUCCCCAGCGCAGCACCUCCAGGAACCCCUCCACUUCCACCACCUCUCCCCAGCCCCCAGCCAGCUCCCCCCUCUGCCCUCUCAGGAUCCCCGGACUGACACACACCCCUUCUCCAUCACCCACCUCAUGUCGGCCGACCUCCAGCAUGCCGCCCCCCGGGUGGAUCUUCUCCCUUACGACGCUGGCAUGAUGUACCCGAGCUAUGGGGCCCCUGCUUCCACAUACAUGGGCAUGAACUCCUUCGGGGCCCGGGAAGUGGCCCCCAUGCCCGUGGACGGUUCUUACUACUCAAACAUGUACUCUGUGCCCAUUCUCAGUUCAUCUUGAUGCACACCCCCACUCCUGUUGCAAAAGGACUACUGUGCCAGGGGUAGGUAACCUUGGCACGUCCAGUCCAUUCCAUUCCAGGACUUUGUUCCAACCAGAUACUUCAUUAUUUAAUUGACCUCCAUUGGAAUGGAAUGGACUGGAAGGUCAAUUAAAUAAUGAAGGAUCUGGUUGGAAUGAAGUCCUGGAAUGGAAUGGAAUGGAAGGUCAAUUAAAUAAUGAAGGAUCUGGUUGGAAUGAAGUCCUGGAAUGGAAUAGAUUGGAAGGUCAAUUAAAUAAUGAAGGAUCUGGUUGGAAUGAAGUCCUGGAAUGGAAUGGAUUGGACGGGCCACAGUUGCCUAGCCUUGGUUUAGAUUGUGUAUAUAAUAGUUUAUUAAGACCAGUGUUUCUGUACUUUUGGAGAACCAUCAGAUUUUUAAUUCUUUUCUUAAAUCCCUAUUUGCUUUGCUACUGAAAAGAAGAUUGACUUUGUUUCUCAGCCUUCAAUAAAAAGGAGCGAGAAUGCUUUUGGAUGAGAGUAUUGAAACUAUAGGCUUUAGAUAACCUUUUCACAGAACUGGAUUGCUGAUAUUUGAGAACUUAAAAAAAGUUUGCCCGAGACCAAAGAAUGCUUUUCAAAGAUUUAGAUGUAAUUUUCCUUAAAAAAAAAAAAAUAAUAAUUUAAAAAAAAAAUCAAUUUUAUAAACAAACUACCAUUCAUUUGUCCCCAUGUCAGAACGUGUUUAAUCGAAUCCUAGUCUUUCCAUAUUUAUUAAUUUUUUUGAUGUUAAGUUUAUAUUAUUUAACUGUGUUUUAUGUCAAACAAUUUUUGUAAACCUUGGACUUAAAACAUUAAAAGGUUUAUUAUUUUUUACCGUC